UGGGGGGCCAGCGCGCCUCCCUCCGUCCAUCCCUCCCUCGGCGGGGGCCGCCCCAGCGUAUGUCAGUGCUCACCCCCCCGCCCGCAAAUCCCCGGGCAGGGAGAGCCCUUCAUAAGGCGGCACGGCGGCGGCAGCGCGCCCAGGCCAGCCCGGACCAGCCCAGCUCGCUCCGCUCCCCUCCUGGCCGGGCGCGAUGGAGACAGGAGGGUGCCGCAUGGGCAGCGCGGAGCCGGGCGCCCCAGCGAUGAUCACGCUGGAGGACCUGGACGGGAUGGCGGAGGAGAGCGCCGACUCGGCGUACCACAGCAACGGCAGCAGCCCGGACGAGGAGGCGGCAGAGCGCAUGGAGGACGAGGAGCAGGAGCGGCUGCUGAGCUACUGGCAGAGUGUGGGCAGGGGGCACCAGGUGGACGUGCCCCGCGAAAUGGCAGAGCCAAUUCAGCAGCUGACUAGAAAUAACAAUCCCCAGGAGAGACAGACUAUCCCAUUUACUCUGAUCCAGCGCAAAGAAAAGCUUGGAGAUCUGCUUUAUGAAAAACGUCAGUAUGGAAAAGCCAAAUGGGCUUGUAUAAAAAUGAAAGAAAAACAGUACGAACAGAGCAUAUGCCUUGGAUUCAUGAAGCUGAUGAGAUAUAUUUGUGAGCAGAAUUCCUCAGGACUGUACUUGGGGAUAACAAUACCCAUUGUGACCAUAGUCCAUACAAACGAAUCUCAAUCUGAGAUGAGACAGUCAGUGACAGUAGCAUACUACCUGCCUGAACUGCUGCAGGAUGAGCCACCUCAUCCUUUUGACUCUGACAUUAUCAUUGAAGAAUGGCCUUCUACUAUCGUUUAUAGUAGGAGCUUCAGAGGAAUCACCAAUGAAGACUCUAUAAUGAGAGAAAUAAACCUGUUGGCAGAAAUUCUGGAGAGCCCUGAGUUAUGCUUGCAGGAUACAUUCAUCAUUGCAGGAUACACAAAUCCAGCUGCUGCCAAUCGGCACAAUGAGAUAUGGUUCCUUCAGAGACCAUAGCUUCCCAUUCCUCACGCUUGUCAGUCACAAAGUUCAGCUCUGAUUUACUGGCAGAAUCUUACAGGUGAAUUACAGGAGACUAAAUACCAAACCCCCAAAGAUUUUAUAAAGUGUUUUUUAGCCAGGUUAGCAAGGUAAUCACUCCAACCUGAUAAUUCAACAGAGGUAAACACCCAAAACACACACACUUUCCCAUGUCUGCUUUUACAGUUUUUACACUAUUUUUAUGGAGAUCUGUAGCACUUUAGAAGCUAGUUCACCUUUUUUUUUUUUUUCUUAACAAGAUUAAGGGAGGCAGAGACCUCUCUUCUUAUCAAUUUCUAGUAUCCCUAGACUGCUUGUGGCUUGGGACAGCCCUCAGGAGCCCCUGGCCUGCUGUGGGCACCUGGUACUGCACCAGCUGCACAGAGACCCUGCUGGGGCUGCCCAUGGGACACAUGAAAGCCACCUCACAUGUGUAGGCUCUGCUUUGGAAAAAGAGCAUUCAGGUCUUCAUUUCAGAAGAGAACUACCAGGUUUAGACCACUGGGAUUAAAUCAAGGACUAAGAGUAGGUCAGUGCUGACUGCUUUGAAUGUCUUCAUCCGUGAAGCAGAUACUCUUAAUGCUUACCUCACAAAGCAUUCAACCAAAGUACUUUUAACUUUGAGAAGAGGCUGAGGUAGCAGAAUAGACCUAAUGCUCAUUAAAGAUUUGAUAGCAAAGGUUACCUUAAUCACACACUCAGAGUAAUCUCACUACCGUAUCUGGCAUUCUUAAAUAGAAAGUGGUUAUUCCUAUCACUUCUGUUUUCUGAACACUUUCUUCUUGCAGUUUUGCUGAAUGUUAAAACACUGCAGCUGAAGUAAUUUGUUCCAUACAUUUUGUGCUCUUCUAGCCAUUACACACUAUUAAUGUUAUAAAUAGCAUAGUAUUUCACAGAAUCACACGUGAAAUUCCCAGUCAUUGACCUGAUCCAGCCCUCUGCUGAAGAGAGGCCAGUGCUGCUAGCACAGCAGGUUGCCCAGGGCCUCACAAUUUGAUUUUGAGUAUCUGCAGGGAAAAGGAGCCCAUAACCCCCCUGGGCCCUGUGUUCCAGUAUUUGACCACCCUCACUGUGAGACUUUUUAUUUCUGAUAGCUAAAUUUUUUCUGUCACAGCUUGUUUCUUUUACCCUUCAUCCAUAUGGUAAUUCUCCAAGUAGACAACUGCUAGUCUAGCAUGCUAUGAUUGAGAGACAAGCUCACAAAGUCCUACACACAUCAGAUGGUCUGAAAGGAGCAUUUGUGCUUUGCUGUU